AUGGCGGCCAAAUCACGGUUCACAAGGCUAGAUGCCUUCGCGAAAACAGUCGAUGAGGCUCGCAUCCGCACCACCUCCGGGGGAAUCAUCACUAUCGCCUCGCUGCUUAUCAUAAUAUGGCUUACGUGGGGAGAGUGGGUGGACUACAGGCGGGUGGCAGUUUUGCCGGAGCUCGUCGUCGACAAGUCAAGAGGAGAGAAGAUGGAGAUCCACCUGAACAUCACAUUCCCUCGACUUCCCUGUGAGCUCACAACUCUCGAUGUCAUGGAUGUCUCGGGCGAGCAGCAGGUUGGUGUCGCGCACGGUGUGAACAAGGUCCGCCUUGCGCCUGCUGCGGAGGGCGGCCGCGUCCUUGACGUCCAGGCACUGCAACUCCACGCCGAAGAAGCCAAGCACCUCGACCCAGACUACUGCGGUGAAUGCGGCGGCGCGCCCCCACCUCCCAACGCCAUCAAGCCCGGGUGCUGCAGCACCUGCGACGAAGUGCGCGAAGCGUACGCCCAGAAACAAUGGGGAUUCGGCAAGGGGACCAACAUUGAGCAAUGCGAGCGCGAGCACUACUCUGAGCGGAUUGACGCGCAACGCCGCGAAGGAUGCCGGCUUGAAGGCGUUAUCCGUGUCAACAAGGUUGUUGGCAACUUUCACAUUGCGCCUGGGCGCAGCUUCUCCUCUAACAACGUGCACAUCCACGACAUCGCGAACUACGAGGAAAGGGGUCUGUCGCCGGCUGAGCAGCACACAAUGUCUCAUAUCAUUCACAGCCUCCGCUUCGGACCGCAAUUACCAGACGAGCUCUCGGAUCGUUGGCAAUGGACGGACCACCACCAUACUAACCCACUCGAUAGCACGAGCCAAGAAGCACCUGAGCCCGCUUACAGCUUUAUGUACUUCAUCAAGGUCGUCUCAACAUCCUACCUGCCCCUCGGCUGGGACCCUCUCUAUUCUGCAUCUCUCCACGCUGCGGCCGACACAAACACCCCGCUCGGCGCGCAAGGCCUCAGCGCCGGCUCACAAGGCAGCAUCGAAACACAUCAAUACAGCGUAACCUCGCACAAGCGAUCUCUGCGCGGUGGCGAUGCCUCAGACGAGGCUCAUAAGGAGCGCAUCCACGCAGCGGGCGGUAUUCCCGGCGUCUUUUUCAACUACGACAUCUCGCCGAUGAAGGUUAUCAAUCGUGAGGCGAGGCCGAAGACCUUCACUGGUUUCUUGACGGGUGUAUGCGCAAUCGUUGGUGGGACGCUUACCGUUGCGGCGGCUAUUGAUCGCACGCUUUACGAGGGAGUUAGUAGGGUUAGGAAAUUGCAUUCGAACUGA